AUGCCUAAAGGCGACCGCCACCGUUCCGUCAGGACCUCCGGUUACUACACCCUGAGCCCUGCCGCACAACCAGCUCAGUACGAAGCCCUUAAUACCUCGCGCAUCCCCGAUCAAUACUACUCGGGAGCUCUCACCACGGGUAUGCCCCAGCAGUCAUACUCUCCACCACACACCUCCAGCUACUCCACCGGUGGUCCAGUCCAGCAUCCCAUGGUCGCCCAGCAACAAUACGCACCAAUGCCUCCGGCACCAUUGACGUCCAUCCGCGCCUCGAGCGGCGCGUGGAAUCCCACAGAUGACCAGACCCUCAUGGCAGCUCGUGCCCAGGGCAUGAACUGGGCUCCCAUCCAACAAGCCUACUUUCCCAACAAGACCCCGAACGCGUGUCGAAAACGCCACGAGAGGCUAAUGGAGCGCCGCUCAGCUGACGAUUGGGACGGUGUCAAGCUUGAGAAUAUGGCCAAGACAUAUAUGGGUAUGAGGAGGGAGAUAUGGUCUGGUCUGGCGGCACAGACAGGCGAGAAGUGGAAUGUGGUAGAGCAAAAGUGUAUGUCUCAAGGCCUCAAAAACCUCCAGACCGCAGCUCGCGCCCAUGCCCGGCGCGAACGUCUCCUCGACAACUCUGGCGCAGGUGGCGUUGGCUCAGCCGGAAUGCUAGGAGUAGGUGCGUACGAUGUGCGCGACCACCAUGCCGAUGACAGUGGUAUCGGCAGCAUCGAGGAUCUGGAAGCUGAGUAUGAUGCAACAGAUGGCGGCGCCAGCAGCAGCGGCCGCAGCACCUCGUCCGUAUACGCAACGCACCAAGGACACCACGGCCAUUAUCAUAGCCAUAGUGGGGGAAGUGCGGUAGGGAGCAUGGUCGAUGGCCGAGGAGGUGGUGGAUAUACGACCCACCAGCAACGGGGACAAAGACUACCCAGUAUGGAUAUGGGGAUUGAUGCGAUUAUCAACCGGCCGAACAAUGGGCGGUAG